AUGAACUGCACUCCCAAUGCCACCAUCAAUCCGCAGCUGGGACUUGUCCUGAGCCCAGGGGCUGGAGAUGAUGCAUCUCAGGAGAGUGGUGGUGGUGGUGGAAGCAGCGGGGGCAUUUGGGUGACAUCCCUUCUUGGAGCCACACUGAUGAUCAUGUGCGCCAUGGGUGUGGUGGGCAACACAUACACGCUCAUCAUAACCCGUUCAGCCGCUUUGCGCCGCACAGGUUCCAUGUAUGUUUACAUCAUCAACUUGGCUCUGGCUGAUCUGCUCUAUCUCUCCACCAUCCCCUUCGUGGUCUGCACCUACUUCGCCCAUGACUGGCUGUUUGGUGAGGCUGGCUGUCGCAUCCUGUUGAGUCUCGACCUCCUCACCAUGCAUGCCAGUGUCUUCAUUUUGGUUGCGAUGAGCCUGGAGCGCUACCGUGCCGUGGCUAUGCCCUUUAGCGCGCACAGGUCCUCGUCCCGUAAACGAAAGCUAGUGGCAGGGAUUAUCUGGGGGUUGGCUUUCGUGCUAACGCUCCCCAUGAUGGUGAUGAUCCGGCUCAGGGAGGGCAAACCAACUGCAGCUGGUUUGGUCAAGAGGAUCUGCUUCCCUACCUGGACCCCUGAGGCCUUCAAGGCUUAUAUCACCGUCCUGUUUCUUACAAGUGUCUUAGUUCCUGGAUUGAUAAUCGUCGGGCUGUAUGUGGGGCUCGCCAGUCGCUACUGGGCAGUGCAGGCUAGCUUAGGAGGUAGCAGCCGCUCUGCCCGGAGGAGAGGACUCAAACAAAAAGUCGUAUCAAUGAUCUUUAGCAUUGUUGUGGCGUACUGGGCUUGCUUCUUGCCUUUCUGGGGAUGGCAGCUAGCCAAACUGUUCUCCCCAGAGUCCCUCAAGGCUUUGUCUCCGGCUGCUCAUAAUUAUGUGAAUUUCUUUGUGACAUGUCUGACCUAUGGGAACAGCUGCAUCAAUCCAUUCCUUUACACUCUGCUGACCCGGAACUAUAAAGACUACUUGGCACAGAAAGGUCAGUCUGUGGGUUCAAGCAGGGGUGACCUCGGGUCAGCCGUGACUACGCCGCUGCAAGAGCUUUAG